AUGGGCAGAACCUCGAACACCGGCGGCAGCGGCGGCCACGUCAUCCUGCUGCCGUACCCGGGCCAAGGCCACGUCAACCCGAUGAUCCACUUCACCACCGUCUACCUCUCCAACGCCGCCAACCUCGGCCACACCAUCGGCCGCUCCGUCCACCACGACGUCAUCUCCGACGGGUUCGACGACACCGGCCGCAACGCCGACGGCGGCCGCCCGCUGAACGAUUACCUUGAACGGAUGCAAGAAGGGUUGUUGAAGCUGCCGGUGAAUUCGUGGCCGGUUUCCGUCCCGGGGCUGCCGUUGCUUCACGCACGAGAUGUGCCGUCGUUUGCUGAUGAUCCGACGUCGACGUACCUGGAUUUGCUGGGAAUGCUGGUAGUGGACAUUUUGUCAAAGGUUUAUCCAAUUCUCACCAUUGGGCCAACCGUUCCUUCCAACGACGAUGAUGAGGAAUAUGGGCUGGACCUCUUCCGUCACGACGCAUCAAUUUCCACCGAUUGGGUCGCAACCAAACCUCCAAGCUCGGUCGUUUACGUGGCAUUCGGCAGCAUGGCCAAAUUCACCCACGCCCAAAUGGAAGAGCUUGCCUUGGGUCUCAAACAAACGAACUACUACUUCCUAUGGGUCAUUAGAGACGCCGAGCAAGCCAAGCUUCCACAAACGUUCCUCGAAAACUUGGGAGACAAGGCACUAGUGGUGAGUUGGAGCCCCCAAGUGAAGGUACUAGCAAGUGAAGUGGUGGGUUGCUUUGUAACGCAUUCGGGAUGGAACUCGACCGUCGAGGCCUUGAGCUUGGGAGUGCCCAUGGUUGCGAUGCCGAUAUGGAGUGACCAGCCGAUGAAUGCGUUUUUGGUGGAGAAUGUUUGGAAGGUUGGGAAGAGGGUGAAAGCUGAUGAAGAAGGAGAAGGGAAUGAGGGGAUUGUGGGUAGGGAUGAGGUUGAGCGUUGCCUGUUGGGGGGAGGCGGUUCUUCGUUUAGGAAUAUUGAUGAGUUUGUAGCCAAGGUGAUGUGCUACUAUUCCAAUAAUAGGUGUCGAAGUGAUGUUUAG